AUGUCGCGUCGCAAGGCUUUCGACACGUCUCUCUCCGGAGGUAAUGCCAAGGCUCCACAGAGACAGAGCCAGGUUGCACCGGCCACGACCUCGGCGAACUCCCACGAUUACGACCACGUUCAUGACGAUAACCAUGACCACAUCAUUGCUCCCAAGCCCGUGAAGAUCGGCAAGACGGUUGCGGCACCUCCAGAUGCCGACAGCUCGGUUUGCUUCAUUUGUGCAGAGCAGGUCACCUACUGGGCUGUGGGCACGUGCAAUCACCACGUCUGCCACGUUUGUGCCAUUCGCCUCCGCGUCUUCUACAAGAUGAUCGAAUGUGCGUACUGCAAGACUCUGUGCCCGUCACUCUUGUUCGCGCGUGAGCAAGCAGCUUUCCCAGUCGGGCCACUCCGCAAACCGUCCAGCGAGCAGAGAAUGGAACGUGCACAGGCCGAGGCAGAGAAGCCCGAGAAUAAGGGGAAGAAGUGGUACCAGGGACUUGUUCUUCCGGGAACUCUAGACCUCAAGGAGUUCGAAUUCAAGGACGAGAAGCUGGGCGUCGUGUUUGAGGAUGAGGAAGUGAUGGAGCAAUCUCUCUUGCUCCUCCGAUUCAACUGUCCCUACCCCGACUGCGCGCACAUGUCGAACGGGUGGCAGGCACUCGAGAAGCACACGUUAGCGGAACACGGUCUCGUGUUUUGCAAGUUGUGUACGGGGCAGUUGUCGCGGUUCUCGCACGAGCAGGUGUUAUAUCCGCCUCAUUUGCUCGCGAUACACGACCCAUCGCGCUUGCAUCGAGGACAGAAACCUCCCCGUCCCAGGUCGGAUAAGGAGAGAGAACUGGUCAAGUCGUGGGACACACCACAUCCCGUGUGCGAGUUCUGCCACGAGGCAUUCUUUGGUCCCGACGAGCUGUUCAAGCACAUGCGCGAACGCCAUGAGGAAUGCUUUGUGUGCAAAGGGAUGGGCCACCGCGAUGUCUAUUUCCAGAACUACGCCAAGUUGGAGAACCAUUUCAGCCGCGAUCACUUCCCUUGCCCCUUCCCUAUCUGCAUCGAAAAGAAGUUUCAAGUGUUUGGCAGCGAAUUGGACCUUCGUGCACACAUGAUGGAGGAGCAUGGCGAGCAGAUGUCGCAGCGUGACCGUGCUCAGGCGCGGCACGUGCACCUCGAAUUCUCGGCUCGCCCAGAUGCUGGGUCAUCGCGUGCGGGAGGCCGCGGGUUCUCGUUGGGGACACGCGACGGGCCGCAGGCACAGCAACUUUCUGCCCCGCCUAUGAACGCCGCGCAGGCCGCGCAACAGCGCCGCCAAAUCCAGACCGACAAACAGGAAGAAGGCCGCCGGCGCAAGGCCUUUGCUACUGGCUUGACCGACGGUAGCGGUCCUGCGACUGCUCCCUCUCCGGCGUCCAACCCUGCAUCCGGCAGACAAUCUCCUUCGGAGAGUGCGAGUGGUUUUGCCACCCCACGCGAAGAGGUCGACGACGUUACGGCUGUGCGUCACGCCGCACUGCUGUCGCGCGUGUCUAUGCUUGUGGGUGACUCCCCCACUAAGCUCGCUUCAUUCCGCUCUGCUGUUCGUCAGUUCAAGAACAACGAGUCCAGCGCGAAGGACAUGAUCGACACCCUCUUCUACGUCCUCGACCAGGACCGCGAGGCGACUGGCGGUGUGGGUCGUGAGAUUGCCAACCUCUUCGACUCGGAGGGCGAGAAGGAGAAGCAACAGGCGAUCCUCACGGCCGUAAACGUGUUCCGCGUUCAGCAGCAGGAGCAGUUCCCUGCGCUCGGCGGUGCGCCCACGGGUGUUGGGACCAAUUGGGCUGGCGUGUCGUCGGGCCGUAUUCUGUCGGCCAAGCGCGCGACGCACACUGGCCGCGGGAGCUCGAACUCGAGCGCGGUGUGGGCCCGCGUCGAGGCGGCUGCCGCACAGCCUCGUGCAACGACGGGCGUGAACGGCCGCCAUGUUCCGGGUGCCACUACGCCGCAGCGUCUAGGCCCCUCCAACUUCCCCUCUCUGGGCGAGGGCAGCUCCUCUCGUUCUGCGACCCACUCCACCCCAUGGGCGGGAGGCGGCGCGGGCUCGUCGUCCAAGACGCCCUCUGCCCUGGCUGGCCCGCAGAUUCGCUCGGUCAACCUCCCCAGCGUGUCGUCUGGCAAGAAGCCCACGAUCAAUAGGGCGUCGUUCCCCUCCCUCCCGUCGAGCGGCAAGUCGCGCGCCGAGGAGCGCGCCGCGUUGUUCAGCAAGCCAACCGCUCGCGACGAGUCCAUCGCGCGCAUUAGAGGGACAGCUCCGACGCCGCCCAACGCCAGCCGGUGGGGCUCGGGCUCAGCUGACGAGGCAGCGAACGGUGUCGCAGACCUGAGCGUCCAGGACGAGGCACCUAAGCCGAGCAAGAAGAAGGGCAAGCAGAAGCAGCUGCUGUUCAGCGUGAGCGCGCGGCCGUAA